GAUUAACGUCGAGGUAAACAGUUUGGAGGGAAAACUGUGUCAAGUUAAACUCGGUUCAUCUUUCACUCUCAAAGUGUUGCUCAACUUUUGGUUUCGAUACCAACUCAGAAAACUGGACGCUGUUUCAUUUUCAAGUUACGUCACUAAGUACACGAUGUUUUAUCGUGUUAAAACGGAUCCAAACUGUGAUCACGCGUGAUUUGUUUUCUAUAAAAAAUGGCGGCGGAGGAGGAAGAAGCCCUAAAAAAUUACUGCAGAAGAAUGAUAUCUCGUGCCCAAAACAAACAGCAGCAUCUCCAGUCCUCAGAGGAGGACAGGAGGAGACAGACAUACAGAGGAGCCAGAAGGAGGACCGACCGUGAGAGACACGUUAAAGCCGGGGAUGAGUUAAGAGAUGACGGAGACAGUACUGUCCCUCUCCCAGACUACACACCACGAGACCACCAGACCCCCCCGUGUCUCACACGUCAAGGUCCUGAAGUCCAGCCUGUCCCCCUUCAACUCCUCUCAAUGCUGAGGCUGAAAACUCUCAACGAGGACAUGAGACGGGCUGCAGAGGUGGAGCUCCAUGAUCCUGCUGUCUGCAGUGAGUGUGUGGAGGAAAAGGCUUCUCUGGCCUUGAGAAGUUUUAUCAGGAGGAAGACACAACUGCAGUUCCCAACGCUGAAGGGCAGACUAAAUACACACUUGAGCUGUGGAGAGUGUGCACAGUGGGGGAGUUUAUGCAAAAGCGCUCCGAUGCCCCUCACUGGAUUUGGGAGGAACUACUUGGUGGAAAUGUGCGGGUCACAGCAACCUGGGGUUGCCUUAGCAACGACUAAGGAACGUGGAGUUACCCUGGCAACAGAUGAAAUGAGGGGUUACCCUGACAAAAACGCUACAGGAACUCAUUUAGCAAGACCUCGCUGUCCUUUUUCAGACAGAUAGCUGCAGACAUGAUGGGCACAGUAUUAAUACAGCGAAAGGGACAAUGUUGUGGCGGAGUCAAACAUAUUCCUAUCUCUUUAUUUUGACGCACAGACUAAACCCACCCAUUUGCCCCAUUAAACACUAAUCCAUAUGCUGAUGGUGGCGUCCUCGGUUAUCCUGCUCGGCUACAGCUGUGUUUAUGUUCACACUGCUGCAUGACACAAACAAAUGUCUAGCCUUUGUUAUGAUCGUAAAACAAAAGGACAUGCUAACAAGGUUAGUACAAAACAGCCAUUUAUUUUCUUAUCACUGUAUUAAAGUUAAACACACAACAAUA